CAUGCAGCUCACAAGAAGAGCAAGAACAAAGAUCCUGUGGUGUUUUGGACUGAACAUGUAAUUUAUUCACCCAGCUGUCAGAGAGAAAAGUCUGCAGAAUCCUCUUGGAUAUACUAAGAAAGAAAAACAGGACAUUGUAUCAUUAGAAAGAAAAAUUGAAGCAUGGGGAAGAAAAGGGCUAAAGACAAAAGUAUUAAGAAAAAUGACCAGCAAAAUUUGCCUGAAAAAAUUGAAGACUGGACAAAAGAACAUGUGAAACAAUGGGUGACAGAUGAACUUAAGCUGGAGGAGAAACAUGGCAAUACCCUUUUUCAGCAAGAUGUGACAGGCACCAUUCUGAAGCUCUUGUCCAAGCAAGACUUUAUUGAUAUGGGGAUAACCUAUGGCCCAGCUAUACAAAUUAUGCAUGCACUAAAAGGGAGAGAUGAUCCAGGAGAAGGCACUAGCAAAGUUCCUAGUAAAGAACCCAGCACAGAGACUCUUAAUGCUAAGCCUUCCAUGAAAAACAGAGAUGAAGGAAGGAUGGAAGAAAAUGACCAAGGGAAAUCAAAGUCAGCUGACAUCUACAUACCAACAGAACUUACAAAACCUGAAUGCACUGAACAACCAAUGCCUGCAAUUCAAAAAGCAAUGGACAAUGUGAAUGGCCAGGAAAAUGGAAACAACCCACUUCCAACAAGACAAACUUGCCUACCAUAUCCUUUUGAUGACUUCCAUAGUGGUCAUCGUUACAUACAACAACAUGUUCUCAGUAUUCCUGAGACAGGACCACUCAAUCUCAUUGAGCCAGCUCAUGAGUUUAAACUUUUUACAAAUGCAAUAGAGAAUGCAACUGAAGAGAAUUUGAAGAUGAAAUUUUGCAACGAGGUGUUUCGAUUUGCUGCAGCAUGCAUGAAUUCUCGCACCAAUGGUACUAUCCAUUUAGGAGUUCGAGACAAACCUCAUGGGGAAAUUGCUGGAGUGAAAGUUGAAAAUAAAGAUGUAUAUAUUUCCUAUUUUAAUGCAAUGAUAAAGAAAUAUUUUGAAAAUGUUGUAGAUGUUGCAAAGGGUUGCAUUAGGGAACCUAGGUUUGUGGAAGUUUUACAGCAAAAUAACACUGCAUCUGAGACAUUUGUCAUUGAAGUAGAUGUGGUUCCAAAACAUUCUGUUUGUCAAUCUAAAUAUUUCCCAAGUAAGAUGUACAACUAUGACACACAAAAAAUGGAAUCAUAUUUCUUUAUAAGGGAUGGAGCUUCUUCUAAAAACCUUCCUGAACAUGGUAAAGAACGUAAAUUAUUUAUAUCUGAAUUGGACAAAUUAGCAGCAUUACGAAAGGAAGCUGAGGAAGAACAUCGAGAAAAAAGGAAAAAAAGAGAUGGCGAAGGUCACAAGCUGGUGAGCCUACUCACUGGAAAUAACGACUUGUUAGAUAACUCCCAUUAUGACUGGUAUAUUUUAGUUCUAAACAAAUGCCAUCCAUCUGAUAUACAACAUGUGCACUUUUUGCAGGAAAUAAACAUAUUUGCUGUUCUGGAGUUUGAUCCUGAGUCAGCAAGCAAUGGUGUGGUCAAAGCAUUCAGAGAAAACAGAGCUGCAAAUCUUCAUAUUCCAAAGAAAUAUCAGAAACCUGGGAAUUCAGCUUCUGAAACAACUGAAGAGUUGAAUCUUUAUCAGCAACCAAGUUGGAUUUUUUGCAAUGGUAUGUCACAUCUGAGUGGUGAAACAUUUCAGCCAUUGAACCCUAGCCUGUGGCAGCAACAGAGGGCUGCUGAAGUCCGAAAACUGAUUUCAUUUCUUUCUCGUCCAGACAUAAUGCCCAGAGGGAAGUUUUUGGUAGUGUUUCUCUUAUUGUCCAAAGUAGAGGAUCCAGGUGAUCCCAUGAUUGAAGUAUUUUGUACAUUUUAUCAAGAGCUUCAAGGACUUGAUGACAUGCUGUGCAUUUGUAUUGGGGGGAAAACUUACCAGCGCUGGAAAGACCUCUUGCAAGCCAGAUUUAUUGAACCAGAUGCACUAGCAGACAGAUGCAUAUCUAAUCUGAGCCUGGAAAUGGUGAAUGGUACUAUCUUAAAAUUAAAAUCAGUGACACAAACUUCUCAGAGAUUUUUACCAUCUAAAGGAUUUUCCUCUUCAAUUCUCUCAAAGAAAGAUGAAGACUGCAUGACUGCCCUUGAAAUACUUUGUGAAAAUGAAUGCAAAGACACAGAGAUUGAGAAGGAUAAGGACCGUUUUUCUAAAUUUAAAAAAUCCCAAGAAGAGAAUUUUUAUCGAGGUGGGAAAGUGUCUUGGUGGAAUUUUUAUUUCUCCUCUGAAAACUAUAGUUUGUCUUUUAUUAAGCGAGACACGUAUGAGAAACUUGAAGAGCUGAUUGAAUCAGAACCUCAGUCCCCAAAACAAUCUUCAACAAAAAUUAUCAACCUGUACCAUCACCCAGGCUGUGGUGGCACUACUUUAGCUAUGCAUAUUCUCUGGGAAUUGAGAAAGAAAUUUAGAUGUGCUGUUCUGAAAAACAAAACACUUGAUUUUGCAGAGAUUGGAACACAACUGACCACUUUAAUCACAUAUGGGACAUCAAACCAGUCUGAUUAUUUGCCUGUUUUGCUACUUGUGGAUGAUUUUGAAGAACAAGAAAAUGUUUACUUGCUGCAGCAUGCUAUCCAAUCCGCUAUAACUGAAAAGGGUAUUCGGUAUGAAAAUCCUCUAGUCAUCAUCUUAAAUUGUAUGCGAUCACAGAAUCCUGGAGAAAGUUCAAAGAGCAACAGUCUGAACAGCAUUGCUCUGAAGCAAAAUCUAAGUGUGAAAGAACAAAGAGCUUUUGAGGAAAAACUAAAAGAAAUUGAAGACCAGUAUGAGCAUCCUGAAGAUUUUUAUUCAUUUAUGAUUAUGAAAAAAAAUUUUGAUCAGCAGUACAUUGAAAAUGUAGUUAAGAACACAUUGAAAGGUCUUAAUGUUACAAGUAAGCAAGCUCAACUUAUUUCUUUUCUGGCACUGUUAAAUUCUUAUGUUACAGAGUCCACCAUCUCAGUCUCACAAUGUGAAGAAUUUUUAGGAAUUAGCACCAAAAAGGCUUACUGGGGUAGAGAAAGCUUAGAAGACAAGAUGGGAAAUUGUUCCAACAUAAUAAUUCAAACUGAAGUGCAGGAACGUGGCCGCUACAAGGGGGUACGGAUCAGUCACUCACUAAUUGCUAAACAGUGUCUAGAAGAAUUUAAACAAACAUACAAAUUGACUAAAAGUGAGAUUACACUUUUGUUGUUACAAAAUAAUUUAUUUUAUGACACUGGCAUAGGGAGAGACAAAAUACAGCAAGAUGUGCAAAGCAUGCUGCUUACAAGACACCGAAAGGAACAUGGAGAUGACACAGACACAUUGUUUUCCCCAUUAAUUGAAGCCAUUCAGAAAGAAGAACGGGGCACUGAAGUCGAAAGGGUCUUAAGUGAAGGAGCCCAAAGAUUUAACCAGAAUGUAUUUCUUAGUCAAGCCUUAGCACGGCAUUUCUACAUUAAGGAGAAAAAAUUUGACGUAGCACUAGAGUGGGCUAUGAAAGCAAGAAAAGGUGCUCCUAAUAACUCCUAUAUAUCAGACACUUUGGGCCAAGUUUAUAAAAGUGAGAUAAAAUAUCGGCUUGAGGAAAAUGCACAAAAAUCUAUCAUAAGUGUUGAUGUUCUGAAAGAUUUAUUGGAACUUGCAAAGAAUGCUUCAGGAGCAUUUAAAGUAUCUCAACAACAAACAGAAAACAAAGAGAGUGAAAGGGAAGAUUUUCAGAGUACAAAAUACAAAAGAAGGUACGAAAUAUAUAAUACAUCUGGUUAUCUAGGGGAAAUAGAAACUGGGUUGUACACUAUAGAAAUUCUUGAAUGUACUCCUUUGUUCAAUAAAAAAGAUGAACUUUCUAGAAAGCAUCUCAUACACUUCUUAUCAGGAAACCAAGGUAUCCCCAAAUCCACAUGGAACACGGAAAGUGAAGAAUAUAGGUUGAUACUUGAAGACUAUGGAAGUUAUUUAGGUACCUUGCAAGGAAGUUUUAAAAAAGCAUUUGACUUUUUUGAGAACUACUUUGUCUUUCUAAAACCAAAGAACCCUGAAAAAGAAAUUGUUGAGCUCAAAAUACGGAAGAAGGUUCAAGAAUUUUUUAAAAAAUAUGUCGAAAUAUUUUGCAAGUCUGAUUUUGACCUGUUAAUGAACUCAAAAUUGAGUUCAUCUUUGCAAGUGGAAAAUUAUAGGAAGAGUUUAGAGGGUUCCAAAGCAGACAAGUUUUCUGGGCUUUUGGAACAUCUCAGUAAUCAUGAAAAGGCUAUAAGCAAACUGGAGGACAUAGUAAAGAAGUAUAACAUUUUGCUUGCUCAGAGCUCUACCAAAUUUCUGCAGAGGGACAAACAGAAUUUUAUUUUGGCCAAUAUUAUUCUUCAUUGUCUCAAUCCAAAAUCCAAGAUGGUGAGAUCUUUUUCAGAGCUGAAAGAACAGCUCAGAACAAUCCUACAGUCAGUAGACCUAGAGCAUCGAUUUGCAGAACCAUACUUCUUAGCUUCCUUGUUGUUCUGGCCCGAAAAUCAAAAACAGCUAGAUAAAGAUUCGAAGCAAAUGGAAAAAUAUAUCAAUUCAUUAAGGAAGGCAUUUAAUAGACAGUACUGGCAAAUGUGUCGUUCCAAACAACCUAUAGCACUUUUCUAUCUUGGGAAAGGCAGCAAUUUGAAUAAAUUUAUUCAUAAAGGAAAAAUUGAUCAGUCUUUCAGUACCUGGUCCAACAAUGAGUUGAGCGCCCUUUGGCAAAGUGGAGAGAUAUGGAAAACAAAGAAUGCCAAAUAUCUUUUGCUCCGGCUGACUGGCAAGGCCGAAGAUAACAUUGUAUACGUGGAUUAUGGUAUUGAUGAAGAUCUGAAAAUUCCAGCGCGGCCUGUUUUCUUAGGUCAACUGAAGAGUGGCAGAAGCAUCGAAAGAGUGUCUUUUUAUUUGGGUUUUUCCAUUGGAGGCCUGAUAGCCUAUGACAUAGAAAUCAUUUAACUGUUUUUGAAACUAUGUUCCUCGGAUUUUGUAAAUGGAAUGUCGCAUCUGUUUUGUCUAUAGCAGCUGUAAGAGGUGUAUUCCACCAUCACUACCCUACUAUCUGCCGUACUAACUGCACAUGCAGCAUCCCCUGACUUUAAAGGACAAAGAUAUCAUUUACAUUUAAUAUGGAGCUACACUGCAAAAUGAAUUAUAGUGUGUUUUCUAAGUGAUCUCUGUUUCCACUGAAGAUCUCUUUAGGUGACCACUACAGCUACAGCAGUGGGGCGGAGGGGAGUGAGCAAAUAAUGACUGGAGGGUAGGUUGUCUUGACUAUUAGCUAUUGAUAUUGCUGCCUGCCACAAAUUAUGGUAAUAAUCCUUUCAUGAAUACAGUUACACUAUUAGAUACCACUGCAGCUUGUUCUAGUGCGCAUUAAAGAACAGUUUCCUUAUAAAUCCUGUUGCAUGUCAUGUUUCCUGUUGCAAGUUAAUUGCUAAUAUAUCCUUGGAUUUGGUCAGAUGGGCAUGUUUACACCUGUUAUUACAGGAUAAAGUAAAUAUACUCAAAAUGAAUAUUGUAUCUCAAAUUAUAUAUGUUUUGUAUGCAAUUUCUUUUCAUAUACUUUGUAGAUAUAUUCAUCAAAUUAAUAUUUUGUUCAGAAAUUUAUGUGGGGUUCAUCACCACCUAAGAUUUCUUUAAAGAGGAUGCAACUUGCAAUUAAAAAAGGAGGUUUUAAUCUUCCUGAUCUUUGUUUAUAUCAUCAAGCAUAUUUGUUAACUUGUAUGAAUUAUUGGGAUCACCCCUUUCACUCCAUCUUGGGCUCUUGAAGGCUUUGUGUUUAUAGCCAGUUUUUAAAUUGAAUGCAUUAAGAUAUACUUACGUUAAAAUGGAUUAUGUUCCUCUUGCAAUCUCUGCAGUUAGAGAAGUAUGAUGCACAACAUCAUGAAAAUAUCAAUUUGACCCAAUCUCACCUGCUAAACUAACAUUAUGGGCCAAUUCAAAUUUAAAAAUUAGGAGGGAAUCUUUUUUCUGGAAGGCUUGGACAGACAGGAGGAUUUUUAUGAUCAAUUGAUAGGUUAUGAUGAUGAAUUCUUGUCCUUUUCUCAGCUGAGGUCUAGUUAUGAUUUGCCUAAUUUUGCUGAAUGGCAAUAUUUACAAUUGCAACAUCUGUUGGUGUUCAAAUGUGGCCCUGUAGUUUUGAGUGCUUCAGAAUUGCCUCCUCUUUUGGAAACUUGAAUUGAAUCAACACAAAGAACGAAACCUACAAUAUUUGUGUAUAAAUAUUUGAUAUCAGUUAAUAAAUAUUAUAUGCAGAAUCUCAAAGAUGAAUGCAAUAGUGAGCUAGAUCAUUCCGUUCUGCCAAAGCAAUGGGACAUGGCUUUAAGCCUUAUACCUGUUGCUUUUAUGGAUAUUAAGCUGUGACUUAUUCAGCAAAAAAUUAUUUAGUGUAUAUUGGAGACCACAGCGCCUUUUCAGUAAAAGAUUUAAGUACAAUGUCCAAUUGUUAGCAUUGUAACUUACAAAAUAUGUCUCUGAAGCAAAUGUUUUGGACAUGUCCCGUUAUUUGGUCCUUUGGGGAGGAUGUCAUUACUCAUAUUAAUUUUGUAUUAAAAUACUCAUUUAUUUGUGAGGAUGUUUACGUACUUUUAAAUGAUUUGCCUGUCUCAUGGAAUCUAACCAAUGGUUAAUGGAAAUGGCUCCUCUGUGACCUUACAAUCGCUAAAAGAUUUAUAUCUUUUAUAUAUUUAUAUCACCGCCCAGAGCCCCUGGGGAUGGGCGGUAUAUAAAUUGAAUAAAUAAAUAAAUAAAUAAAUAAAUAUUACAGCACAGGGAAGACAAAAGUCCACUUCCCAUAACUCAUUGGAUUGAGGACCUUAUAUAAACUUAUCAGCAUUCGAACAUAUUGCAUAUAGACGACAAUUGCACGUGGACUAAUUUUUAGAUAUUUGGAGACCUUUUAUAGAAGUUUAUGUACAGAUUCACCAGAAUUAUUUCAUAGUUUUGUUGUUGUUGUUGUUUCUUUCCUUUUUUUUUUGCUCUGCACAAAAAUUAAAAUUAAAAAAAACUUUAAAAUGU